UUAGGCAGCCAGUGCUCUUGGCUGGGAGCCCAGACGAGGCUUUUGUAAUCAAAACAUGAUCUCGUAUGCUGUGCAACCAGUGCUGCGAAGGGCCGGCUGAUGGCUCUGCUCUUUUAGCUCUGCUCUGGAAUCCGCCCCACUCCGCCGCCGAUGUCCAACAUGCACCGAGCUGAGGCAGCUGUGGAUGAUGCCAUGCUGAGGAAGAAGGAGCAGAAAGAUGUGGAACUCGACAAGAAAAUCCUGGCUCUGCGGAAGAAGAACGAAGCGCUGAUCCGGAGGUACCAGGAAAUAGAAGAGGACAAAAAGCGAGCAGAGCAGGAGGGAAUGGCUGUCACCUCCAGGAGGCCCAAGCAUGAUGGACUCACCAUUACCAUCACCAAGGCUCACAAUGACCUGAAAGAUGCAAUUACCCAGACUGAACACUAUGGAGAAGAUAGCCCAAGCCUCUCCAUGGACAAAAGGGUGGUGAGUGAGAAAUGGGUGAGCCCCUGUCCUCCAAGCUCUGGGUACACCAUUGGCAGCGAGGAAGAGGAGGAGGAGGAGGAAGCUGAUCACAUGUUCACGUUCAGGAUGGGGAAGAGGAUGCAGCUGGCUGUUACCAUGGACAACAAAGGCAAGGGCAAGAGGAUCGUCAGUGAGAAGCGUGGGGAGUGCUUCCCUGCCCCGGGCAGAGUGCCAGAGCUGGGGGAGGAGGAGACUGACCACUUGGUGGCUUUCCGACGGGGGAGGAGGAUGCAGAUUGCCAUCACCAUGGACAACAAGGACAAAGCAGAGGAGAGGAGAGCAGCAGAGAAGAGGAGAUCAGAAAGUGACAAAGGCCCAGACAGUGAGCACAGCAGGAAGGAUGGUGGGAAGGCAGCACAGAAGGGACCUGGAGACCCGAGUGUGCCCAUGAGUGGUCGGGAACGCUGGGAGUACAUCCGGUGGAAGAGGGAGCGGGAGCAGAUCGACCUGGAGCGCCUGGCGCGGCACAAGAACGCCCGGGGCGAGUGGAGACGGGCUUGGGAUGUGGAGAAGUCAGAGCACAUGUUUGAAGAGGACUUUGUUAAGGAUGGGGAGCCAGCCUUGGAUAAUCCCAGCAAUAAGAAAGGGGGAAGAAACGCAAGGAAAUUCCAGCAGAGGAACUUUCCCCCGGAUGGGAGAGGUGCACAGCACGCAGUGAACGUGAGCGACCCUGGACUGAAAGCAGUGCCUGCUGUGAGCAGCCGAGCCAAGGGGAAGGACAGACUGACAGGCAGAGCCAGAAGGUGGGAUGCAAAAGAAGGAGAGGAGCUGUGUUUUCUGAAGGAUGAUGUUGAGGGCCAGAGGAACCUUGGUAUGGACAAGCAGAAGAGCAGAGGUGAGGAGGGGGUGGAAGAGAACUGCACAGCUGAGCUGGAAGAAAAGGUGAAACAGCCAAGCCCCCAGGAUCAUGGAGCCUCCUCAUCACAAAGGCUGCCAAGUGGGAAGGUCCAGGCUGCCCACAACAGCCAGAAGGAGGAGCAGGGAGGAGUGAAGGGCUCCAGCAUGGAGGUGGCUGUGGCCAGCACAGGUGACCCUGAGCCAGGGCCCAAGACAAGUGUGGAAAGUGUUGGGGAAGGUGCCCAUGGGAAGCCUGGCACUGCUGCCAUCUCUCAGGAGGAGGGGAGCACUCCCAGCACUGCUUCCAACCUUCCCAGCACUGUGCCAGCCAGCAGGCACAGCAGUGAGGAGCCCUUGUCAUUGCCCAUGGGAGAGAAUGCCAGUGGAGCUGGUUCAGACCAAAACACAGCUCCAGAGCAGGAGUCCAGGGAGGGCUCUUCAAACAGCCCUGGAGGAAAGCUGGACACAGCAGUGGGAGACAGACUGGAUGCAGGUCAAGGACAGCUGGUGACAAAACCAGGGGAGGAAGUGACCCAAGACACUGCCCUCCAGGGGCAAACACUUGCACUGAAAGGAGGUGAAGAUGCUGAAGGCACUGAACACAGAGGAGAACCUUUGCCCCCAGGGAAAGCCAACCCUGACAAGACUGUUGUGUCUGAGCAGGACACAGCACAGGCACAGCCCAGGGAAGGGGAACAGCCUGAGGACCUCAAGGACAAGGACAGUGGGGACACUCUCAACUAGCAAAGAUUGCACCAUCUUGCCUGAGACAGAAGCAGGACAACGUGCUGGAGGUGGUGGAUGAGAAGAGGAGCACAACUUUGUCCUCACUCUUUGAGCUCCCCUGAAAUCAGCUUUCAGCACCCACCCCCAGCCUGGGGGGUCCCAGCACCACUCCCACUCCUGCUCACAGGUUUGGCACCCCCUUUCCUCUCCAUAUGCCAAAGGACAGGGAACCUACACACACACUCCUGGCCUCCAGACACCACCACUUACCUUUUGUAUUUGUUUUGCCAAUAUUGCAGCUGUGUGGCAAGCCAAUGAAAUGUCUUCUUGAUGCACUUUAUUUUAUUUAAUAACUAAUUCUGUUUAAGGUUUAGGUUCCUCACCUGGGAGGAGGGCAGGGGCUGUGCCAGCUCUCCCUCCCUGGGGGGCAGGGAACUGACAGCAUGAAGAGGGUGAGGUGUUAUGUUGUAGUUCAGUAGGUGGAUGAAAAAAAAAGUAGUGCUGAAAGCAGCUCUUGUGCCAAGGUUUGCAGGUGGCUGGAGUGUUGGCAGAGCUGUACAGUCCUUGCCUGGUGGAGGGCACAAAGGGGAUGGAGCAUUCUUGAGUUACACUGGAGGGUGCAGGUGCUUUAUUUAUUUUUUUUUCCACCUUGCUUUCCUCCUCCUGUUAGACACAAGCAGCAGAGGCUGCAUCAGCAUAUCAGGAGGUUGCUUGGUUUUUUCCCCUAAGGAAGGUGGCUGCUAGGUUGAGCAGGGACAUGCACAGCUCAGCAGAACACUGCUUCCUAACUGGAGCACAUCUCAGUGCACUCUGUGCCACCCAGGGCAAGGAGGAGGAGGAGAGCACAAAUGCAGUAACCUCCCUUCUCCACCACACUGCACAAAGGAGUUGGUGCAGGAGGAGUUGUGUCCCAGGCCACAUUGGAGCUGAAGGUCUGAGGCUUCAUAAUGAAUGUUCCUCCCAUCCUGGUUGUGCCUUUCAUAACCUUGUGCUUGAAUACAGAGGCAGCAGCUCCCCUGGCAGCUGCCAUGCAGGCAUCCUGGCCUGGCCUUAAGUCCCCUUUCAAAUGGAGGAGCUGGAUGAGCAUUUACAAGCACAAAUGAGCAAGAAUUCCAGCUGCCUGGAUGUCCAGCUGCUCAGAGAUUCACAGCUGCAACACAGCUACUGACUGAGGAGAAGUCAGAAAGCAGGCACAAGGAACAACAUCAGUUCUGACUUGACCCUCAUUCUGAAGUGCUGCUCUGAAACUCAGGACAGGAGGGAAUGUAGAUACAGGCACACGUGGAGAUUGAGUGGAUUUCAUUGCAGGAUGCAUUUGCUAACCAGACCUCCAGGUAGGAAGCAAACUCUUCAUUCUGCCUUGGAGAGUGGGUUGGCACACGUGGGCUGAACUCCUGUACUCUGCUUUAAUAAACCUGUAUUGCUCAGAGAACUUAGAUCCACAGUGCCCAUCUCACAAUGGCAAGCCUGAGCAUUUCCCCUCCAUGACCAAUUCAGGAACACUUCCUGGCUUCAGCCCAGGUAUUAUCUAGAAACAGAGUGUGCAGCUUUUAUGUUUUGUUAGCAGAAACAUCUUCCCCCUCCUCCCCAAAGCCCAGACUGGGUUUAUUUGGACUUAUCCCACAAAGAAAAGAACAGAGAUAAAAGCCAGAUUGUAACACAGCACCUGGAGAUUCUCCAUCACUGUUAAAGACUAUUUUUUCCUUAUCUGACUGGCUCAAAAUCCUGCUUACAGGAUUUAAAAUUUUUAAUUUAUUAUUUUUUACACCAGGUCACUGACCUCAGCCCAGAGUCAUUACCAGUAUAAACCAGGAACUGGUUUACCUCAUGGUCCACACAAAAGAGUCUCAGCUCAAGAAGCUGUUGCAUCCCAGCAGCAGUCAGGCACACAGCCAGGGAGACAAGAAUUGGUCCAUUGCCCCUAGGACAGCAUUAUUUUUGAGAGAGAAAAAUCUCAUCUGCAGUUGUUGCCAUAUCUUACUGCCCUGGACUCGUUGUGAAAGGAAAACUGACACUUUUCCCCCCAUUUCUUUCUUUUUUCUCCCACAAAUCCAACUAACUCUGAUGUUUAAUGCUGCCUGGGACUGAGUCUGUCCCAAGCUCCAGGGAUGGGACUGUACAGAUUGUGCCUGUUCUAAGGGUAAUUUAUUCCUGCUCAUUAACACUUUGCUCUAAUGCACUUUGGUUGAUGCCUGGAUUGCAGUUUCUCAGAAAACUGUGGCUAGCUGUUUCUUCUUGACAGUGAGAGAAAAAAAACAAAACUGAGAAGUUGAAAACAAUCUGAU